CUUAGAAAGACAAACAAACCUUUGAUGGAAAAGAAACGACGAGCCAGAAUCAACACAUGUCUGAAUCAGUUGAAGAGCCUUGUCCUACAAGCUAUGAAUAAAGAUAGCUCACAAUAUUCCAAGUUAGAAAAGGCUGAUAUUCUGGAGAUGACGGUAAACUUCUUGAAAGCUGUGCCACAACAGAAAGCCCGAGCCGCAUCACACGAAACCGUGGGUGCCAUAGCCAAGUACAACUCUGGCUUCACCGAGUGUGCUGCCGAGGUGGGGAGAUACUUAGGGUCAGUCCAAGGCGUGGACGGGGAAGUGCGAUCCCGUGUGUUAAAUCACCUGUCUCAUCGCAUGAAUGCUAUUCAAACGAGUCAGCCAACAGCCCCCCCACCAGCCACUCAUUCCCAGCCAUCCAUCCAGCCCGUAUACGUUCAAAUCCCCAACACCACCCCAGUAAUUCCAGGAGUCCAUACCGCCAGCUACCCCGCUACCACGCCUGUAUCCACAUCCGGUCCACACCAUCAGGGAGCUCUGGUCGUGAUGCCAUCCGCAGUUGUCCUCCCAACACCAGUCACCGUUCAGCAUUCUUGGCAACAACAACACCAACAGCAGCAGCUACUCCAGCAGAACUUCGUUAUGCCCCUGUCUCCUCCCUCGUCCCGAGGCUGCUCUCCAGUGUCAAGUGUUAGCCAAACACCCGUACCUGUGAGACACAGUGCUAUCCAGGGGGUCCAGAAAUCGUCCGUUCCCACGAAUGUCGACCUGAAAUCUGAGCAGUUAUGGCGACCGUGGUGAGGUGCAAACAAUGACAACAGAUUCUAUUCACUGAAGUGCCAAAACGGACUGACCAAGCUGUGAAAAAAAACAUUAUCUGACAUUUAUCCUUUUAUUGCUCAAAUCUAUGGGACCAAAGUUUAUGUAUAUAUUUAUAUUUUUAUAUAAAUUAUUGUAUUUUUUGAAGUAUUAUACCUUCGCUACAUGUAUUUGGUGCAAGCAUUUUAUAUGCUACAAUUUAUUGGUGAUAUAAAAGUGAACA